CGAGGACUGUGGCUUACAAACACAUGUCACCGACCUAUCCUGGGCCGGUCGGACGCUGAUUGGUCGGAUCAGAGUCAAAUGAGCGCGCUCGCCCGCGCAGCGCAGCCAAUGGGCGCUCGUCGUGGCUCUCACACAAGCGGGGCACGUGUAGAGACGCACAUGCCGUCCCUCGCUGGAAAGUGAAGCGCUUGGAGAAAAAAGGGAAGGAGAGGAGGAAGCUCAAAUCAGCACCAGAGAAACAGAAGCGACUGGACUUCGGAGACGGGGCGGUGAGCUCUCCGAUCGGUAAAAGCGACAGAGGAGCUGCGACUCGAACGGAGGAAACGACCGCGGAGCUUCAGUUGUUCAGCCGGAGGGUCUUCACCGCGAGAAAAACACAAGUGAUGCAGUCACUUGGCAGUUCCUCCGAAUGGCCAUCGAAAGCCGCCCUCUCUUCCACCACACGCUUGGUGUUCAGUGAGAGUGACCAGACGGAGGACGACUCCUCAUCCGAGGCCUCUUCAGAGGGAGUGGUUGAGGCUGGUUUGGGCAAGCCCAGCCCUGCACCCUUCACCACAGAGCUCCCACAGAGUCCUGAGCCACGUUCAGGCUGUGGAGAUCAGCGAGGUUCCACAGUUGAGAGCGACCAGACGGGGCUCUGCCACAGAUCCCCAGCAUAUGCUGGUCUGACCUCAGUAUCGGCUCCUAGGGCUCCGACAGAGGGAGACUUGGCCUUUUCUCGCAAAUGUGCAGAGCUAAGUGGUUAUGUUAGGCCACUCCUGGAUCUCCUGAAUGGAUUGAAAACGGGGAGAUAUGACAAAGGUCUGAGCACAUUCCAGCAAAGCGUUGCCAUGGACAGAUUGCAAAGGAUUGCUGGGAUUCUGCAAAAACCUCAUCUAGGGGAGAAGUAUCUGCGCACCCUUCUGCAGCUGGAGAUGAUGUUAAAGGUUUGGUUUCCUCAGGUGGUAUCCUGCAACCCAAAUUCCACCCCACUGUCCCAAAGCUCCACUGCCAGCACACAACCACGCUGGCAUCAGAACCAGCUGCCCGUGAAGAAACGUCGAUUAAGUUGGUCUGACUCAGAGUCUCAAAGCCCGGCCCCACCAAACUGCAAACUCUCUCGAGACAAAGAGCCAGAGCAGAGUCCCAGUCUGACCACCUCUAGCACACACCCAGAAGACACGGUUUCUAGAAGCCGAGGACCAGUGAUUUCAGAUUCAGAAGGUGGGAGCUGCUCAGACACGCAGGAUUGUUCCGUUUCUUCCACCACCACUACUUCAGACCCAUGCCAGUCAACUGGAAGACAAGAGGCAGCAGUUCCCCUGCACAGCCACGAUCAGGUUCAAGGUGUGAAUGUGGUGGAGACAAAAAGGAGAGCUGGGAAGUGGCUGAACUUCUGUAAUUGUACUUCAACAUCUUGAGCAGCAAAAGGAGUCGCUGAAACGCAUGGAAAAAGAUACUGGAACAUUCUGCCAUUAUAUGCUUUACAUGCUAUAGACUUCACCCAUUUGCUGCCAUGACAAACUGGUCAAUCUAAGGAAUAGCACAAACCACCUUAACCACCUUCAGCUGGAAUUGUAAACCACCACACUGAGUGCAAAACCAAGUGACCGAUGAAAGUGUAGAUUUUGUUUUUAAAGGAAAAAAACAACUAAAAGUUGAUGCAACAGCAGGUUUUUAAAAUUGAAUUCUGACUUGAAGACACUGGACUCACUGAAAGCCUUAAUCCCUAGAGCUAGUACAUCGUUGCUGAGCAGAUUCCUUCACCAUAACUUGAUGUGUAUUUAUUCAGUGGCAAGAACGUCAUUUUGGUUAUUUUAAAAGGUGUGACAAGUGGCUGUUGUAUAAUGUUUUAGUGUAAUAUGAAAUACAGAGGACAUUGGAGUGAGACAACUUUCAUUACCAAAUACAGUUAAUACAACUUGCACAUGUAUAGUGUACUGCACAUCUUGGUGUUUUUUUUUUUAAUAGGAGGGUUCAGUAUUUAUUUGCUCAUUUAAGAAAAGUUCAUUGUGUUUUUAUUUGCAAAAAUUUUAAACCAUUGUGCUGGAAAAAGCUAGUUUGUUUAGCUGCCCUGUGCAAACUACAAUUUAUCUGUAUGUAUGUGUGUAUGUAUGUACAUUUUUUUUAAAUUAGAGCACACAUUCAACUUGAUACACAUUGAACUCUUUUUCUUCAUGCAGGACCAUGCUAAUGGACCGAUUUUACGUUUGUAAGCAAGCUCUGGCCAAAGAGCACGGCUUUAAGAAUUUCAGUAGGAGUCGAGAUCCAUCCAGAACUCCACACUGUUUAAAUGUGAAACCAGGGGUCUGUCUCAUGAUGCAAAAUUUAUGGCUUAGCCAGCUAAUUUGCUUAACUUAAUCUAACCGUAGAUUUUCUGUCUCUGGAGUCACUUUUAUAACACUGCUCUCACCAUAGCCUGUUAUGCUGCACUCCUAACCUGCUCCAGGGCAUGUUAAGUUUGGGAGUUCAGGUCAUAAACAGCUCUUGGACCAAUCAAGGCUGAGCUUCUGACCAAUCAGGGACGGCUUUCUGACGGAGUCGGGCCCCUUUGAAACAUUUGUGGCAUAAAUCACGCUGAAAAUGUAGGAAGCAAAUCAUAAUACAUAGAUAUCAACAACAUAAACCUAAUAAGCAAAUGUGGGCAGUGGCAACAGUAUUGCUUUUUCCUUUUAGAAAUAACUUUUACGUCUGCUUGAGAUUUAUUUUUUCUUCUUUGAGAAACAAUCCACUCACCAACAUCACGUACAUACACGUGCAGGAUUAAUCCUAGCUUGUGUCUCUAAACGAGGGUUAACAGAAGGUGUUAAAGUGGAUUUUUCAAAAUGUGUACAUAUUUUAAUUAAGAUGUAACUAACAUACAAACCCAGUUCCAAAAUAGUUGGGACAGUAUGUGACAUGCCAAUGACAACAGAAAGCAGUAAUUAGUCAAUUCAAUUGAUAUAAAGUUGAAAAUGGUACAAAAAAUACUUUGUGUAUUUACAAAAAAACAACAUUCAUUAUCAAAUUUGAUGAUGGCAACAUGUUUUUAAAAAGUUGGAACAGGAGGCUUUUUCUACUUUUGCAUCACCUUUUAACAGCACUUAAUAAUCUUUUGGGGACUGAAGAGACACUGUGUGAAAUUGUAAUUUCCUUCAGCUGUGCAACCAUAUGGGGCAUUCAUUUUGUAUUUUGCACACAUUUCCAAUGGGAGGCGAUUCAGGACUGCAGGCAGGCCAGUCUAGCACCUGCACUGAUUCCAUGAUCGGAUUGAUGAUUGCAUCUGAUUACGCAGCCCUGCUGUUGUAAUGUGCAGAAUGUGCCAUGGUGUUGACAUCUUGAAAUAAGCAUGGACAUCCCUGAAAAGACAGCAUAUGUUGGUCCAGAAUGUGCUCAGCAUUAAUGGUACAUUUGCAGAUUACCGACUAAUACCUUCUACCCAUACAUGACAGACCCUGACUUUUUAACUCUGUACUGGUAGCAAUCUGGAUGGUUCUUUCCUUCUUCAGUCUAGAGAACACGACAUAUUAUUUCCAUAAACAGUCUGAAAGAUUAACUCAUCAGAUCACAAUAGACAUUUCCACUGUGCAUUUCAGAUGAGCUCAAGCCCAGAGAAGUUGGCAGCGUUUCUGGACUCUGUUCACAAAUGACUCCUGCUGUACAUAUUCCAGUUCUAACUUGCAUUUGUGGAUGCAGCAACAGUCAGUAUUUAACCACAAUGAUUUGUCAAAGUUUUUCCGAGCCUCUAUGUUGAUAUCCAUCAAAGAAACAUGUUGGUUUUUAAAGCAGUGCCAUCUGGGGGAUCAAGGGUUCUAUACAUUCUUACACACUGUGUAAGAGCUUUAUCUGAAUUCCUCAAAUUUUUUAGUGUUAUGCACUGAAGAGGUUGAAAUACCUAAAAUCCUUGUCACUUGCUGAGGAGCGUUCUUGUUAAACUGUUGGGUUUUUUUUUUCUGAGACAUUUUAAUCAGAAUGAUGAGCCUUGACACUUUUUUUUUUUCUCUCUCUCUCUUAAAGCACUUUUUCUUUUAAACACAAGCAUGACAUGUUCUAGAUUGUUUUAUUUUUUGUCUUAAAUCUUCUUAAAUUGGCCCUGUCUUAACUUUGUUGGAACGUGUUCCAAUCCAUAUUUCAACUGUACUGUUUUCAUUCAAAUACAGGUCAAAUUUGCAUUUC